UCUUCCAUAGGCUAGGGCCGAAGUUUCCUUUCAUAUUUUGACUUAUGAUAGUAAUCUCAUUGAUUAGUGAAUUCACCGACUUUAUAGGAAAUGGAUGAAAAAGCAAACAAACAUAAUCAUUACGUUGAUAAAGAGGAAGAGAAGGAGGUUAAUUUACCGAGUAUGCAAUACCUCUCCGGGUGAAAAAGGAAGAAGAAAGUCAUUGGCAGAUGGUCAAAUGAAGAGCAUGAGACUUUCGUUCAGUGCCUCAAAACAUAUGGUAAAGACUGGGACAAGCUGGAAGAGAUGAUUCCUACGAGAUCUAGCGUGCAGAUAUAAGGUCUCACUUACAGAAGUAUUUUGAUAGGAUCAAGAAAGAAUUUGGUACUAAUAACCCUAUGCAGUAUAUCAUGAGAGAUAUGUGAGAUACCUCUAGAGUUUACAAGUUUGAUAAGUCCCAGAUAAACCAGGCUGCUGAGUCUGCCGAAGUCCAGAACUUCAUCGGAGUCUAUCAGGAUAACUCCCUCGCCACCCCAAGAGUCACUAGAAGCUCUCAACUAAAUCCCAAGGCUGAACAAGGAAGUGAAUGAGGAAGAAAAUAAGAGACAAAAGAAGGAGAAGAGGAAGCAACUUGAGGAUUGCAAUUCAGAUAGCUUGAGUAAUGAGAAACCACUGCUGAAGGAAGGCAGUUCGGAGUAUUAUAGUGUCAAGCUGUUCAAGAUAGAGAAGGUGGCAAGAAACGGCACUGAGUCCUUCUCUAUCUUAAAUUCCAACUGUGAUGGGCAAAAGAAUGAAGGAAAUCAAGAUGGCAAAGAGAAGAAAAGUCAAGCUGAUCUCUCCGAAUGCAGUAGUCUUAAUGUCAAGAAAGGAUGCAGCCUUGUUGUUCUUAGCAAAGGAGAGAUCGUCAUUCAAGGAAAUCAGAUAGAAACAUCAGUGCCUUGCAAAGUAGAAAAGCUGAAGAACACAGUUACAGCUAUAAUUCCAACCAAGACUGUUAGGAUCAUUAUCGAAGAGCUUAACCCCUCAAGUUGUGAGGGGUCUGAGUCAGACAAGAAGAACAUCUCUAUUAAAGGAAGUAAAUCUUCAAUGAAGGUAAGGCAGACAUCAACUGCUUCUAAAUCUCAGAGUACGAAUAAGACUGGUAAAAUCUCUUCUUCGCCCAAGGAACCAGAGAUGUUCUCUGAAAAGACAAUCUUGGAUAUUUUGAGCAAUUACUGAACUUGAAUGGAGUACGAAUAAUAUAGUUUCCAAAGACUAUGUCAAUAAAUCUUUAUGAUUAAGUUUCAAUGC